CGGGCAUUAGUCCUCUGUAAAAAAGACACAGCUAACGGGGGUAUAUGACACGUUCACCUUUUCACCGGGCAUUAGUCCUCUGUAAAAAAGACACAGCUGACGGGGGUAUAUGUCACGUUCACCUUUUCACCGGGCAUCAGUCCUCUGUAAAAAAGACACAGCUGACGGGGGUAUAUGUCACGUUCACCUUUCCACCGGGCAUCAGUCAUCUGUAAAAAAAAGACACAGCUGACGGGGGUAUAUGUCACGUUCACCUUUUCACCGGGCAUCAGUCUUCUGUAAAAAAGACACAGGUAUGAUAACAUGUUCCUGAUACAUGCUACAGACGCUAAUAUAUAUAACACUCUAGGGCCAGAACUACUUAUCUCAGGAAUUAUGGAAAAAGGGGUGGAAAAAGGAACUUAAAAUAUAAUGUAUAUUUUUGUAAAAUAUUUUAUCUAAAUGUUUUAUAUAAUAUACAACAGUUAAUCAAGUAAUGGUAAUGUAGGCCUCUGUACACUCCUCUACACUCCUCUGUUACCCAUGUACACUCCUCUACACCCCUCUGUCACCCAUGUACACUCCUCUACACCCCUCUGUCACCCAUGUACACUCCUCUACACCCCUCUGUCACCCAUGUACACUCCUCUACACCCCUCUGUCACCCAUGUACACUCCUCUACACCCCUCUGUCACCCAUGUACACUCCUCUACACCCCUCUGUCACCCAUGUACACUCCUCUACACCCCUCUGUCACCAAUGUACACCACUCUGUCACCCCCUACGCCCCCUUUCACCCAUUUACACCCAUCUAUCACUCAUAUACACUCCUCUAAACCACUCUGCCACCCAUGUACACAUCUCUACACCCCCAACACCCCUCUGUCACCUACGUACACCCUUCUCUCACCCCGUACACCCCUCUUUCACCCCCUACGUCCCCCUGUCACCCAUGUACACUACUCUACGAUCCUCUGUCACCCAUGUACACUCCUCUACACCCCUCUGUCACCCAUGUACACUCCUCUACACCCCUCUGUCACCCAUGUACACCCCUCAACACCCAUCUGUUACCCAUUUACACUCCUCUAAGCUCCUCCGUCACCCAUGUACACUCCUCUACACCCUGCUAUCACCAAAGUACACAUCUACACCCUUCUGUUAUCCAUGUAUACUACUCUGCGCUCCUCUGUCACCCACGUACACUCCUCUACACCCCCAACACCUCUCCGUCACCAAUGUACACCACUCUGUCACCCCUACGCCCCCUUUCACCCAUUUACACCCAUUUAUCACUCAUAUACACUCCUCUAAACCACUCUGCCACCCAUGUACAAAUAUCUACACCCCCAACACCCUUCUGUCACCUACAUACACCCUUCUAUCACCCCUCUUUCACCCCCUACGUCCCCCUGUCACCCAUGUACACUACUCUAUGAUCCUCUGUCACCCAUGUACACUCCUCUACACCCCUCUGUCACCCAUGUACACUCCUCUACACCCCUCUGUCACCCAUGUACACUCCUCUACACUGCUCUGUCACCCAUGUACACCCCUCUACACCCAUUUGUAACCCAUUUACUUUCCUCUAAGCUCCUCCGUCACCCAUGUACACUCCUCUACACUCCUCUAUCACCAAUGUACACCCCUACUCCCUUCUGUUAUCCAUGUAUACUACUCUGCGCUCCUCUGUCACCCACGUACACUCCUCUACACCCCCAACACCUCUCUGUCUCCAAUGUACACCACUCUGUCACCCCCUAUGCCCCCUUACACCCAUUUACACCCAUCUAUCACUC